UUGAAUAUUGCCUAUCCUGCAAAUGGCACUCAGAAGCUCAUUGAUAUUGAUGAUGAGCGGAAACUUCGAGUAUUUAUGGAAAAACGUAUGGGCCAAGAAGUGCCUGGAGACUCUGUAGAUGAUCAAUUUAAGGGAUAUGUAUUUAAGAUUACUGGCGGUAAUGAUAAGCAAGGAUUUCCAAUGAAACAGGGUGUGCUUCUUUCAUCAAGAGCUCGACUUUUGUUAUCAAAAGGACAUUCUUGUUAUAGACCUCGGCGUGAUGGAGAAAGAGUAAGAAAAAGUGUUCGUGGUUGUAUUGUUGCAAAUGAUCUUUCGGUCAUGAGUUUGGUUAUUGUGAAACAGGGUGAAAAAGAUAUUCCAGGUUUAACUGAUGUUGCAAAUCCUAAAAGACUUGGUCCAAAAAGGGCAUCUAAAAUUCGGCGUUUUUUUAAUUUGAGCAAAGAGGAUGAUGUUCGGAGGUUUGUUAUUCGUCGGGAAGUUUUUCCUAAAGGUGAAGGCAAAAAAUCUUAUACUAAAGCACCUAAGAUUCAGCGUCUUGUAACGCCUAAAGUACUUCAGCGGAAGAGAUUGCGUCUUCGACUUAAACGUGAAGCUUCUGAGAAACAAAAGCAGGCUGCAGCUGAAUAUGCUUUACUUCUUAAUAGGCGUAUUGCUGAACAAAAGGCCAAAAGGGCUGAGAUUAAAAAGAAGCGCUCAUGUUCCUUAAAGAAGUAG